CCACUCAACGCCCCCACCUAUAUAACCUGCUCCACACAUUUCCGCCGCACCCUCUUCGCCCAAAACCCUACCCCUCGAGCAACCGCGCCGCCGCCGCUCCACCCAGCGUUCGGGUUGCUCGCCGCCGGCGAGCUCGUGCCGCGACUCCACCAUGAAGUUGAACAUCGCGAACCCCACCACGGGGUGCCAGAAGAAGGUCGAGAUCGAUGACGACCAGAAGCUGCGCAACCUUUAUGACAAGAGAAUCUCCCAGGAGGUAGUUGGUGAUCUUCUGGGUGAGGAAUUCAAGGGUUACAUCUUCAAGAUCAUGGGUGGCUGCGAUAAGCAGGGUUUCCCGAUGAAGCAAGGAGUGCUAACUUCUGGGCGUGUCCGCCUUCUGCUUCACAGGGGCACACCUUGCUUCCGUGGUUUUGGCAGGCGUAAUGGUGAGCGCAGGCGGAAAUCCGUCCGUGGUUGCAUUGUCAGCCAAGACCUAUCUGUUAUCAACUUGGUGAUUGUCAAGAAGGGUGAGAAUGAUCUGCCAGGCCUUACUGACACUGAGAAGCCCAGGAUGAGGGGACCCAAGAGGGCUUCCAAGAUCAAGAAGCUCUUCAACCUUGGCAAGGACGAUGAUGUCCGCAGCUAUGUCAACACGUACCGCAGGACCUUCCUUAACAAGAAGGGCAAGAAGGUGAGCAAGGCUCCCAAGAUCCAGCGUCUUGUGACUCCCUUGACCCUCCAGAGGAAGCGCGCCAGAAUCGCAGACAAGAAGAAGAGGAUUGCCAAGAAGAAGUCCGAGGCUGCGGAGUACCAGAAGCUGCUUGCACAAAGGCUGAAGGAGCAGAGGGACCGCCGGAGCGAGAGCAUGGCCAAGAGGAGGUCGAAGCUGUCUGCUGCCACCAAGGCUCCUGCUGCCUCUGCUUAAGAUGGUUACAGUCCUUCGCACUUUGUUGGAAAAAUCUACCCGCUACUUUCAGUUUUCUUGGGUUGGUAAUUGUUGCAAUUUUGCGUGAACAUGGGUACUUUAUCAUUGUAAGUUUUGUUACUGGAGUAGCUUUCUUGGGUUUGUACCUGAUGAACAUGAUGGGUACUCUAUUGUCAUGAGUUUGCCAGAGUUGUAUGUUAGUUUCUACUCAAGUACUCUUAUCGGCCAUUUAAUCUGCUCGUUACUUUUUGCA